AGCUAAAAACCUGUGCAAAUAUGUUCUUGAACUUUAAUAUCGUAGUUAACCCGCCUUAUUUCCUGUGGAACGUGGACACAGAGAUGGCACAGGGCAAGCGACGGUGGCGAUUUCUUGUAUCAGAGGCCAAGACUCAUCUUGGGUCGCUACCCCAGAGGACUAAGUUUGGGGCAAAUGAACCGCGGGAACACCAAGGUGAUCAGCAACACACAUGGACAUCCACAAUGCCAGAGGAUCCGCUGAUGCGCUGCUGCUCUGAGGAAAUAAGACAAGGGAUUAAUAUUUUAUUUCAGGAGAAAGAGAAAAGGAAAGAGAAGGAGAAUACAUUGGAAAUAAGAAAUGUGCUGUUUCGGGACCAUUGA